GUGCGUGUAAAUGUUUUAAAAGUGUACGCGUGAGGUUCAAUGUGCAUGUUUACAAAUCAAGUAAAUGUUGCUGUACUCCAUUUAGAUACUAAAGACGGAGAAUAUCGGCUGCAAUUAUGGCCGAAGAGAGCAUUCGUAUCUUGGGAGUCGGAGUCGGUGUCAUUAUUAUCGGAGCGCUUUGGGUUAUGUGCCUGUUUCUCUGUAUCUUCUGCACUGCGGUUACUGGCGGCGCAAGGAAUAGUGGCUUCAUUACGUUUGCAAUCGCUCUGGCUGUCACGCUGUUCCUGGUGUUCCUACCUAGGCAACCACUUGCACCACCUCCCGAGUUGGAUAUGACCAUAUACGAUGGACUCUUCUACUGGCGACUGGCUAUUCUUGGCUUCCUGUCCAUCUCUCUUAUAGUUGGUAUGGUGGGUGUUCUGAAGCAUUAUUUGGCAGAACCAAUAUAUGCCAAAGCUUUGAAGACACACCGAAGUUGACAUAAUUCAGGAAAAAACUCAUAUUCACAUAGUAGUGUUAUAUCACUACGCUUUAUUCUUAUAUUUUUGUAUAUUGUAAAUAUGCUAUUAAAUAAUUUGGUAUUGAA